AGGUUUUUUUUUCCUUUUCGUUUCGUGAACGUUCAGCAGAUAUUCGUGAGACACCAUUGACACCGGUCUGCGUCCGGGUAUCGCGGCACAUACACUAACAAGGAAUAUACAAAGAAUUUCUAAUUCAAAAAUGUCGCUUUGCUGUUUCUGUAAAUAAUUUAUUUCGGUAAACUAUUUCGAAUUGAUCGGGUUCGAAUGCUGGUGAUCGAAAGUGUUUUAAUUGAUCGAACUGUAAUUGUGUGAACACGCGUAUUUGUGAAUGAACUAAUUGAACGUUUCGAGAGGAUUUGCAGCUGAUAAUAUUUAGUUCAAAAAACAAUUGAAUUUCAAAAGGAAAAUUUUGUUUCUUUUUUUUGUUCACGGUACCUUUUAUGCAGUGGAUACAUGUUUGUGUAUGUAUAGACAGACGUAAAAUAUUUGUACUGCGUUCGGUGUGUGUUGGUGUGUUGUUCCCUAUACGGGAGAGUGUAUAAUAGUCGAUCUGGAGUCUUUUUCAUCUUCGCCAAACGGGAUAUAUAAUUUGAUUGGAAAAGUAAAUAAGACUCCAUGUUUGGGAUCAUCGACAAACAAUAUUCAUCGUUUCGUUUAAUCUACGCUGAAAAACAUGAAAUGAAUCGUUUGGUGAAUUGAAUUUUGAACAAAAGAAAUGUUAAAUUUUUGGUAACUUUGAAAGUUCCAGUCGAAUAUAAAAUUACGAAAAGAAACAACAAUAUCGAAGACGGUCAACAAAAGAAGUAUAAUAAAAAUGGGAAACAUGUUCAUGUAGUUGUGUUGAAUCGCCAUUACCGAAUGGGAUACUAUCGUACACGGUGUUACAGUAUUUAAAAAUGUGCUAUUUCGAAUCGGUGCUAAUAAACAAGAAAAUUAUGAUUGCUGUGCGAUCGGAUUAUUUGCGAUACUCCCUAGCCAUGAGCAAGGAUAUUUAAAGCGAUUGUCAUCGGAAAAAAAAAACGAACGCUACUCAGUGAUAAUUAGCAUAACAACGUUCGCGGCAUUAAAUCUAUCGUUUAAAAAGGAAGAAAGAAAAAAACGGUGAACGGAAUAUCGAAAACUUUGUUUAUUGUUUCGGAUUCAGUUGCAAUUAGAAGUUUAAAAAUCUAAAUUCGGUGAAGAUCAACAAUAAAAAUCAUCUGGAUUAUCCAUUAGCAUUGGAAAAAAAAGCAAACACACUGCACACUGCAAAGAGAGUAGAAUCCACCAUCGAGAGCUCUUUUUUUUCGUGUUUCUUGACUAUGCCGUGUGUGUUACGAGAUUUAAUUUUUUUGAUUUGAAAAUUUUUUUUUUUUUUAAUUUGUCGAAACGAAUGUGGAGUGAUAACCAGCAUAAUGACAAACCCUAGACGGCCACGAUUUGUUGUUUUGCCGGGAUUUAAAGCAACAUCAUGUCUGACAGUGGUUUUGUUGAUCUGCCUCGAAACGGUGCUUCUAUCAACGGUAUCUAAUUGUGCCAAAACAUUUUACAUGCAUUGGAAUACCACAAACAGCAUAUUUCGCAUAGACAACACAGACCACAUCAUCGAUGUUAACAAGGGAAAUUUAGCUUUCGAAUACGAUCAAGUGCACAUUAUCUGUCCAGUAUACGAACCGGGCACAUUCGACAAUGAGACCGAAAAGUACAUCAUUUACAAUGUGUCCAAAGUGGAAUACGAAACAUGUCGUAUUACAAACGCUAAUCCCCGCAUCAUAGCCAUAUGUGAUAAGCCACAGAAGUUGAUGUUUUUUACGAUAACAUUCCGGCCAUUCACACCUCAACCAGGUGGUUUGGAGUUCCUACCAGGAAAUGACUACUAUUUCAUUUCUACAUCGUCGAAAGAUGAUCUGCAUCGUCGUAUAGGUGGACGUUGUUCGACAAAUAACAUGAAAGUCGUCUUCAAAGUGUGCUGUGCACCGGAAGAACAAAAUACUACAACGUCCAGUAACCAUGGAUCGUCGGGAGUAUCGAUUAACACAAAUAUCGACACAAACAAUCGAGUGCCAUCAUCGUCGUCGUCGUCGUCGUCAUCAUCAUCGGCGUCGGCGACAGUCCAUUCAUCCUCGAACGGUGGCCAUUUGGUGCCACCCGUAAUUAACACAAAUAUUAGCAAUGUUGUCCAGAGCACAAUGAGUUGGCCCGGUUGGAGCCAUCCACAACGUACACCAAUCACAACUACGCUGUCAGUUCAAAAGUUUUAUCCACACGUGACGUCACCGCGUCCAAAUAUCAAUACACAUAAUAAUAGUAGCUAUUCGCCGUCCCAUAAACCAACUAAGAAAACCAACGAAUACGAUAAGCAUCCCAACGAAGUGGUAAAAAACGAAGAGCUUACAUUCAGCAACAACAGCCGCACACUGCGACCACCGAACUGUGCUUCAUUAAUAAUAUUAGUUACUUUAGUUAUAUUCAAUAAAUUUCUAUAUUUUAAUAUGUGUCCCAGUUGGUGUCAACGGUGAGCAAUUUGUAUAAUUUUACGCUAACAGAACCUCAACUCUUUUCUUUUUGCUGUUGAACAAAAAAUUAUUUUCUUUUUCUUUUUAAGUUUUGAGCCGAAAAGAUUUUGAUUAUUUUUUAUUUAAAUAAAAGUUUCCGGAUGAUUUCAAAAUUCUUGUUGGAAUUUUUUUCGGUUUUGGAAUCAUAAUUCGAUGGACUUUUGUUUUAAAAUUGAAGACGGAAAAGGAAAGAAGAAAUUAGGGUCCUAGUAUAGCGAAGUUUGAGGUGGCAACGUAUUAAACUAAAAACAAACAAAAAAGACAACCGAAAAAGUAUGAAAUCGAACUAAAAAUGAACGAAAAAAAAAAUACUUUUUCAAGUGAAUGCGGAUAAACAUGUAAAAAUAAAUUAUAAAAGAGAAAUAAAUUAAUUUACAACAAAAUGGGAAAGAAUGUACUUGAGAGUGGACACGUACAUUAAAAAAAACAACAAAAAUAAGUGAAAAACUAACACUGAAACUCAGAACAAGAAAAACUUAUAACUUUUUAGGUUAAUUUUAGGGUGUAACUGAAUUAUUAUUAUGAUUAUGAUGAUAAAUAAUGUUAUACGAUAAAAACAAACAAACAAAAGAAGAAGAAGAAAAUGAAGAUGAUAAAACACAGUUGAAAAACGAUUGUAUUUGUAGUAACGAAACAAAAAUAGUAAAAAUGAAAAAAAAUGGUAUUAGUGACUUAAAAUUAUGAUGAUGAUCUAACUAAUUUAGGAUUUCAUGCGAUUUCUCGUACUGGCAAUCCUCGUAGUGAUCGAGAUUAUCCGUACGUUUAUUUAGUAUUUCUAUUUUUGAAAGAAAAAACAUCCACAAAAACCAUUCAAUCACCACACCACAUACACAAAACGGGGCUAAAUGCUAAAACUAAAAACAAAAAACAAAACAAAAGAAAAUGAGAAAGAUUUUUAUGAACAUAAAGUCACUACCUUCAGUAGAUCAAAUGGAAGAAACGUAAAUUUAAUUAUAUUUAUUAAUUGAACAUUAAGACUUAAUUUUAAUGACUAAAAAAAACAAAACAAUGAAAUGAACUGAGUUACAUCUAUAGAAUCACAUUGCAUGCAACCGACAAAAAUUUACACAAAUCGACGAACAAACAAACCUUUUUUUAUAAGAUUUUUUUACCCUCAAACAUUAUUUUCAAAAUUUUUUACUUAUUUUUUGGAUCAACCAAAAUAAUUUUUUUAAUUUUAUACGACGCAAUUUUAGACAUUAACUGGAAUAAAGACAAAAUUUGAUUGUUCGAAAAUUUACCCGGAAUUAUUAUUAUUCAAUGGAGGGAGGCACAGCGAAGAAAUUGUGAACGCCUGGAAGACUCGUUUCUUUUUUAAAAGAAAUUCUAACUUGACGAAAGUUUGGUACUUUUGCCAAGUUAAUUUUUCCGUUUAAAAAAAUACCAAGUGUCGCAGAAGCUCUCACCUCGUCACAGGUAAAAUAUUAUCUCCUUCACCUACAAUAACUCCUUCACCUAAAAUUGUCCCUCUCCGAAUUAAAAUUGUCUAAAAUUUUAGAUCAGCCCCCUGGAUAUCCGAAAUUAUGUUUUAAAGAAAUUGUCAUUUUCGACUGAGAUAAUUAUCUCGACGUCAAUUGGCCUUCUUACCUUUCUUCUCUUUUGCCAUUUACUUAAAUUAAAAAAGAUCUGAGAGGAAAUUUACUCGUAUGGUCAAUAGAUCUUAUCGGUUAGUUAAGAGGAAUUUAAUUGUAAACAUACGCUCGAUCGAAUUUUCCGGCCAAAAUCUAUGAAAGCUAUGAAAGAUUUGGAAGCUAUCAAAAUAUUUGAACAUUUCCCAUCAACAUAUGGUUAAAAUAUCCCAGUUUCUAAGAAGGAAAUUUAUGUCUCCCAUCACUCGUAUGUUACGGCCAUACCAGUGUUUCUAUUUUCUCCGACUGAAUGUUCGGUCAAAUUACCUCAACUAUCCGUAAUAUCCAAUACAACAAAAUGGGCCGUCGCCAUACUUCAUGCGGCCUGGUAACACAGCUUCAAAACAGAGCUUGUUGGCUCAAUAUUGAAAUUUUUAACGAAACUGCGCCAAACGCCACGACAAAUACAUAAGUGUGAUAAUUGCACAGGUAUUAACUGUAAUUCGUCUCGUUCUUUGGCAAUAAAUUGGAAAUAAAUUUUAGAUCUCAAGGCUAACUUCAAGCUUCACAAUUUGACUCUUGAGAAAGAUUUUGGCGAAGGAUUUGGCCGGAAAAAUGGUUAAACUAAGCCAAAUGUUGUUAUUGAUUUGGAACCAUCCUUUCAAGUCCUUCGAUAAGAUCGAACCGUUAGCAAAUCUGAUUAAAUUUAGUAUUUGAGAUUGAGGCUGACAAAACUUUAUUUUUCAACUGCAGGUAAAAUACAAGAGGAUGAAUUUGGGAUAAAAAUUAUUAAAAAAUUCUUUAGACAAAAUUUUGUUUGAAAAAAAAAAUGUCAAAAACUCCCAGUCCAUUUGACUGCCUAUUGUGACUGGUCUUUUUCGACGGCUCUUAUUAUGCCAUUAUUUAUGUACAUUCCGUUCUUCGAUUUGAAACGUACACUUAUUACCGACGUCGUAUUAUUAAUUGGUAAAUACCUAACUUUGUCAAUUCUAAUUUGUUUUUUUCCCCUGUGAUUUCUCUGUCUUUCUCUCUUUGGCUCUAAUGCAAAGUAACAUUUUCGUUUUUUACACCAUCGACUGUACGUUUUUAAUGAGUCUUUGUUCGGUGUUACUUUUAAGUUAAAAUUAUUUUGUGAUUAAAUUAGACGACGAAUAUAGCAAGUGACAGAUACUGACAAGAAACGUAAAAUUUAAUGAAAACGACCUAAAUUCUCAGUUAUUUUUAAUAUUUUUAUAACUCAAAGUGUAAAGAAAGGAAAAACUUUAUUAUUUAGAGAUUUAACAGAAGCAGAAGAAGCAAACGAUAACCUUGUGUACAUAACAAUGUAAUUUAUAUAAAAAAAAAACCAAAAUGAUGGACAACCAACAACAAAAAUUUAAAUUUGUGACAUUAUAUGGGGCUCAUAAAUCCCACUCAUUGUAAAACACGUAGAUAAUUUAAAAAAAAAGAAAAGAAAAAAGUGAAAAUUUAACGCGAACAUAAAUGUACUUAAUGAAUCCUUCCUGUGAAGAACCGGGUGAUGAAUAUUUUUUAACUCAACUCAUUUUAAAUAGCUGUAAAUGGCGUUCAAUACCACUGCAAAUCGGUGACGAGUUUCAACUUUUAAGCUCAAAAUUAGUAGUCUCGUCGAUGCUUAAAAGAGUCGGUUGGCUAAAUUCGUUUUCGUCAUCUGUGAGUAGGCUUUUUCAAAGCUUUUGAGUUCUUUGAACUAAUUUUCCUUCGAAUUCAAACGAAGCUCUAAAAGAGCUUUCAAGCUCACAGAUAAAUGGCGCUCACGUUCUUUUUAGUUUUUGUUUCACCAACCGUAUACGACAUUUUCUAUUGGUUUGGUUCGUAUCAAUCAAAGAAUUCUAAUUUAAGACGUUUUUGAAUUAUUUAUUGAAAAUCUAAUGGAAUGUUAAAAUAGAAAUUUAAUUGAAAUCCCAAAAUAGCCACGAAAGUAACUCCAACUCGAAUACGCUAUUGAUUUUCCUUCAAAGACAACGGAGAAAAAAGUUUCGAGAGCUAUAAUUCGACCGACUGUUUUGAUAUGUUCGAUUUAAUGAUGAAACUCGUCAAAAAAAAAUCGCUUGCAAUUGAUGUUGAAUUCCAAGUAAUAAUACCAUCCAUAUCCAUUAGGGAUUUGAAUCAAUAUUGUUCAUUAAGCAAUUUUUCAGUCCGAUCAGAUUUUAUUUUUUCGUUUUCUCAUCCAUUUACCGUUCCGAAUCGUGUGAAUUGUAUUAAUGGAAUGAAAUUGGAGUGUUUUUUUCGUGAGGGCAAUACACAUAAUAAUCUUGGGGUUGCAAUGGCUCAAAGGCGUUAACGUUAAAAAA